UAUAACUCCUUCAUUCCAACGUUUUCCCUCUCACAUUAUCCCAUGUGCCACAACCCCCUCUAACCAAUCAUCAUCAUCAUCAUCAUCAUUCUCAUUCUCAUCAAAAAAUCAUUCAACAUUAACCUCUAAACACCACCACCUUCAAACACAUUCAUCAUCUUCUCUUUAAUUUCAAUUCUUCUUCACAUUCAACAAAAUUAUCUUUUCACCUUCUACUAUAUUUGGUAAACACAACCGCCUUCAAACUCAUUUUACCAUCAUAACAAGCCAAAAAUAAAACUUCUUUUUUUCUUUCUUCCUUCAUUUUUUUUAAGUUUUGGAAGAAGAAAUACCAAAAGGGUGAUUGAAUCCGUAAGAAAAAAAUGGCUACCGAAGCGUUUGUGUUAAAAGGAAGCGCCUUGUUGUUAUCGAUAAGAGCGUUGAAGAGUUUUUUCAUGUUGGUAUCGGCUAUUGUAAUGCUACUUUUUUUACCAUUUAGAGGAAGAAGAAGGGUAUCACCUGUUGAAAAAGAGGACAAGAAUCAGAAUCAUGACUGUUGUCAUCAUCACCGGAAAGGCGCAGUGGUUCGUGUUCCGGCAAAGAUUGUGCCGUGGAAGAGUGGUGCUGGUGUGGUUGCAGUUAAGGUGUUUGAUUAUUUGAUGAGAAGGGAAAUGGCUAUAAAAAGACUUUUGGAGGAUGGUGAUGAGAAAUGUAUGAGGGAAUAUUGGCUUUUUAGAACCAAAAGGGGUGAUACUAUUUUCACACAAUGUUGGACCCCUGUUUCUGUUAGGAUUAGGGGACUUGUUAUUCUUAUGCAUGGUCUUAAUGAACACAGUGGUAGAUAUAGUAAUUAUGCAAAGAAGCUGAACGCUAAUGGCUACAAAGUUUAUGGGAUGGAUUGGAUUGGUCAUGGUGGAAGUGAUGGACUGCAUGGUUAUGUACAUUCUCUUGAUGAUGCAGUGUCUGAUUUGAAAGUAUUUAUCGAGAAGGUUAAAACUGAAAAUCCUGGCCUUCCAUGUUUCUGCUAUGGACACUCAACAGGUGCAGCAAUUACUCUUAAGGCACUUCUUGAUCCAAAGGUUGAAGCUUGCAUAGCUGGUGCUACAUUCACAUCACCUGCAGUUGGAGUUGAAUCUUCUCAUCCAAUUUUGGAGGUACUGGCUCCAAUACUAUCAUUUUUGCUGCCAAGAUUUCCAUGUAAUGCUGCAUACAAGAAAGGUUUGCCAGUUUCUCGAGACCCAGAGGCGGUUAUCGCGAAAUAUACAGACCCGUUAGUAUGCACUGGAUCGCUUAGAAUACGAACUGGGUACGAGAUUCUUCGAAUUACAGGUUGCUUGCAACGAAACCUAAGAAAAUUGAGAGUUCCAUUUCUUGUUCUACACGGCACUUGUGAUUCUGUGACCGAUCCUACUGCUUCACAAAAACUAUAUGAAGAAGCUUCUUCAAAUGACAAAAGUAUCAAAUUGUAUGAAGGAUUCUCACAUGAUUUACUCUUUGAACCAGAAAAAGAGGAUAUCACUAAAGAUCUAAUUCAAUGGUUCAACAGUAGAGUGUGAAGUUAGUUUUGAAAAUACAUUAUCCGACCCAACUCUGACCAUACCAAGUACCAAGAAGUGUGAAAUUAGUUAAAGCACUGAGAAAAAAUGGUGUCGAGUUUUCUACCAAAGAAAAUGUUGAAGAGCCAGCAUUUCUCCAUUGGCUGUAUAUAAGAGACAAUGUAGUUAAAGCAAUGUACUUCUGAGACAUUUUUGUUUUGCUCAAAACUAUAGCAUAAUUUGUAUCCAUUUAGUUAGCCAAUAUAUUUCUUGUUAUCCUCAA